AAGCACACUCUGCAGCAGCUUGCCACUUCUACCCAACAUCAUCGUCCUCCUCUUGUUCACAACCAUUUCCGACUCCACGAACAGCAACAGCGAUCUCAAUGCACUCUUGUCAUUCAAAUCCCUCAUAACAAAGGACCCAAUGGGUGCACUGUCAUCUUGGGAUGGGGACGCUUCUAACAGGAGCGCUCCUCAUUUCUGCCGGUGGAACGGCGUGACGUGCAGCAGCCACCAGCACGGCAGCCAUGUCACUGCCUUGCGCCUGCGAGCCUUCGGUCUGGAAGGCAACAUCUCCCAGUCGCUUGGGAAUCUUAGCCACCUCCAAACCCUGGAUCUGUCGAACAACAACCUAGAAGGCGAGAUACCUUCCAGUAUCGGUAACUUGUUUGCUCUCCAUUUUCUCAACCUAAGUGUUAACCACCUGUCCGGGAACGUUCCUCAGUCCAUCGGCCGUCUUUCCGAACUCGAAAUUCUGAAUUUCCGCGACAAUGACAUCGUAGGAAGCAUUCCUUCUUCAGUGCUCAACCUUACAGGACUCACAAUGCUUAGUGCCACCGAAAAUUACAUGACAGGGAGGAUUCCAGAUUGGUUGGGAAACUUGACGGAUCUGACAGAUUUGAACUUGGCAUGGAAUAACUUCAGUGGACAGAUCCCACAAGCUUUAGCGGACCCAUUUCCCAACAGAUCAGGCUCUUGAUCAGUCUUGGUACAAUGGAUCUCUCAAGCAAUAAUUUAUCUGGUGAGAUUCCACAUACCCUUGGUAGCUGUGUUACACUGCAGUUCCUGUAUUUGCAAGGAAACCUCCUACAAGGUCAAAUACCAGUGGAACUGAAUGCACUAAGAGGCUUAGAAGUUUUGGAUAUCUCAAGCAACAACCUGUCAGGACCCAUUCCUGAUUUUCUUGGUGACUUCCAAGUUCUCAAGAAGCUGAACCUAUCAUUCAAUAACCUAUCUGGUCCGGUGCUUGAUCGAGGUAUCUUCCACAAUAAUGCCACCUCUGUUUCACUUUCUGGUAAUGCCAUGCUUUGUGGAGGGCCUGGUUUCUUUCAACUUCCACCAUGCUCAACUCAAGCAACCUAUGGCCGUUCCAAUCAUCAACGAAUGCAUGUCUUGGCCUUUUCCUUUACUGGAGCUUUAGUAGUCUUUGUGUGCAUCACUGUAUGCUACUUCAUGAAAAGGGCAUCUGACAAAGCAAGUGAUGCUGAGCAUGGGUUAGUUACGCUUCCUAGAAACAAAUACAAGAGGAUAUCAUAUGCUGAGUUAUAUGAAGCUACAGAUUCAUUUUCCGAUUCAAAUCUGGUUGGUCGUGGAAGAUUUGGUACUGUAUAUAAAGGAAUUCUACAUGAUGACAGUAAUACAGAAACUGUAGCAGUAAAGGUACUCGAUCUUAAGCAACAAGGAGCUAGUAGGACCUUCUUUACUGAGUGUGAUGCCCUCAAAAGAAUUAAACAUCGUAAACUGGUCAAGGUUAUAACUGUGUGCGACAGCUUGGAUAACAACGGUGAUGAAUUCAAGGCGCUUGUGCUGGAAUUCAUUCCCAAUGGAACCUUGGAUGAAUGGUUGCACCCAAGUGCACUUGUCACCAACAGAGCAACUGGGAGUCUAAGCAUCAUUCAGAGGUUAAACAUCGCUCUUGAUGUGGCAGAAGCAUUGGCAUAUCUUCAUCACCACAGCAAUCCAUCAAUUGUCCACUGCGAUAUUAAACCAAGCAACAUUCUACUUGAUGAAAAUAUGACUGCACAUGUUGGUGACUUUGGUUUAGCAAGAAUUCUAAACAUGGAUGCAUGUGAACAUAAUUCUGGUGGAAGUAGCUCGGCUGGAAUUCGAGGCACAAUUGGGUACCUUGCACCAGAGCAUGCCAUGGGACUCAGAGUUGGUGUAGAGGCCGAGGUAUACAGCUAUGGAGUGCUGCUGAUGGAGAUACUUACUAAACUAAGACCAACAGAUCAUAUGUCUUUUGAUGGGGCCACAAGCCUUGUAAAGCAUGUCGAGAUGGCAUACCCUUACAGGCUGCUGGAAAUACUGGAUGAUAUAAUGCUACAAGGAAGCACAAGUCACAGCACACAAGAGACGAUGGAUAUGGUCAUCAUUCCUGUCGUGAGAAUAGGACUAGCUUGUUGCAGGACUGCUGCAAGCCAGCGAAUUAGGAUGGACGAGGUGGUGAAAGAACUCAAUGACAUUAAGAAGACAUGGGAAGACCAUUUCGCAGAAAUCACCGGGGCAACCGGCAGAGCGGCGGAUGGACGAGCAAUCCAUUGAUGGAAGGUGGCACAAGCGCAAUGGCAAAGCACACGCCCAGCCUGUGCACUUGCCAGCUUGCUCCGAAUAGAGAGAGACAGCCUACACACGGCUGCUGGUUCUACUCAGUAUUUUGCCUAGAAAAUUGAGAUCCAGUUAUAUGUAUAUGUUAUAUGGGUACUUGUUGAAUAUUGCAACCAAAACAUGUUAUGGUAAACACAUUAUUUUUCAUGUCCA